CUGGAAUUUUUGAAUGGAACUCGACGUGCAGCCACCUCCUCGUGGUGAGUUCUGGGUAGUUUUGUUUUUACAAAACGAGCUAAGAGCUGCACAAAUUUUUUUGAUGUCGUUUUUAUUUAUUCAAUUCCUAUAAAUUGAAUGUAAAUGUCAACUGGUUUAAGUAAUAUGAAUAAUGCUACGUAUUUUUUAAAUGUAUUAUUAAAUUCGAUUUUUGUUAUCAGUAGGAAAUUUCACCACUUAUAAUACUGUUAAACGCAUAUUUUUACUAAGUGAAACAAAUUUAUAUUGGUUUAAUGUUAUUUUCGUUCAGUCUGAUAUGGUCAUUUUCAAUAAUGUGAUCAAUUAGUGUCUCACCCCUACUGUCUGUGUAGUUGUAGUUCCACUGUAUGGACCUGUCCUUAAGAUCUGCACAUAAAAUGAGUGGCUAGCCUACCCACGUGUUCGCAGUGCGGGAAGACCCGUGUCCCUGAAAAAAGGGAUCCUGGCAGUUGAAGGGGCAUCCUGGUACCCCAAUACACUGCUUUGGCCCGAGCUUCAGGUAAACGGGAGGUGCAUAUUGGCCUGUAUGCAUCAACCGGCUAGUCACGAACGUCAUCUGGUGGCUAGCGUCAAGCCCGCGGUUACUUACUCGUUAGGGGUGGAGACUGCUUCAGGGGUGACUGCGGGCGUAUAACUGUCGGUAUCGGUGUUUAAGUAGCAUGGCACACCAUAGCAAAAACAACGGAAAAAUCCCUUCACCAUUUGAUAACACUCAAUAUUAUAUCCUUAAAUUUACAAAUCCUGAUCCAUUCCUAUUUAAAAGUGUCACUUUUUUUUUUUAUUCACGAAGGUCUCUUGUCCGCAUUAAGAUGGUAGCUUCCUUGAAAAAGUUACGUUCUGGUCACCUAUUAAUUCAAGUUUCAACCGAAAAACAAGCAACUUUUCUAAAGAUGUGCUCAUUUGAAGUCCUUAUCACUGAACAUAUUUCGCGGUGUUAUAUCUGAACAUGAAUUAAUGACUCAGAAGAAAUGAUAACAAAAAAGAUCAGAAUGUUAUUGCCGACCGUAGUUUAAGUUUUCGGAGGGACGGUAAAUUUAUCUCUACAAAACAUCUUAUCACGUUCAGCAAGCCAAACUCCCUAUUUUCCUCUCAAAAUGGCUUAUCACAACUGCCCGGUUCGUAAUAUCCCAAACCUUUUGAUGUGCUUCCAAUGUCAAAGGUUUGGGUAUUCCAAAACAUCUUGUCGCGGUCGACCGGUCUUUGCUCAUUGUUUUGGUACUGACCAUGAAGACAGCGUUGCCACCCCUAUAAAUUAAGUGCAAGGGGGCUCAUGCUGCGUACUCCAGUAGUUGUCCCAAGUGGUCCCGGGAAAAGGAGAUAAUACGUUUUAACUGCUUCUGUCUUUCACUUUUCACUAAUCCCAUUGCUGUAUUUUUCUCACCGUUUUCGCUCAACGAAAAAUACAUUUUAGAACGUGAUCUGACUAAUUCCUAAACUAUUACAAAUUUAAUUAAUUUUUCAUCUUACCAAGUACUUUUUAUUUUUAUUGGAAUGUAAAAAGUGAUGUUUGGGAUAAACAGGUGUAUCAUAUAAAUCAAUGUUUUCCACCAUGUCAAGAAAACUAUCCUUUGUCUGAAUCGGUGUUUGUAAACAACAAUUUUGCUUUCGAUCUAUCUUUAUUAAUGUGCCUCUUGUGAAAUCCGUUUAUAAAUCUCUUUCUGGUAUCGAAGACGGAGAAACCAGUAUAUAUGGGCCGAUUGAGUGUCAAAGAUGUGACAUGUUCUAAGUUCUCAACAAUAAAUUUGAAGAAAUGAAGAGGGAGAAGCGAUUAAUUUUAAUGCAUUUCAUUUUUUUAAACGGUGACAGAGAUUUUCCCUAGUUUUUCUGCAGUCGCUAUUAUUCAUGUGCUUCCAAAAGUCCUUAUCAAAAAUAUUAUUCGCCUUUUUACGCAAAUUUUGUAUUAAAAGCGAUGAAUGGUUUUAACAGAUUCUUGUUUGAAAGAUCAAACUUUAUGAAUUUUUUUUGGUCGCACACCUAUCUUUAAAUAUAUUUUCAAAUUUACUUAAACUACGUAGUUAUACUUGUCGUUUAAAUUUGGAUUAAGUUUCGAAACAUUUAAAGCUUUCUUUAUAUAUGAUUCUCUGAGAGUAGGGCCAAAGCAUAUUUGAUGUUACUUUUAACUUUUGUGAUGCAACGUGUAAGUCGCCGUGCAAAUCAUGUAUCUCCUGCGGAUAUUCUAAAUCGACUUUCAAGAUAUACCCUUCUUCAUAAUGAAGUUAUAGUGAGAAUGAACUUACGCCUACGUUAGGUCCGUGGUCAAUACAAUUACAUUCUAGAAAUCUUUAUCGAAAGAAUUAGUUGCCUUUUUUCUUAUCUCUGUGUUAAAAUUUAUGAAUGGUUGUAACAAGGCUUCUUGUUUUUAACGUACAAUUUUUUAUAUUUUUUUCUCUGUAACCCUAAUUUUCAGUUUCUGUAAUGGAGUACAUAUCUAUUCUUAUCAUAUAAAUUAGGUAAUAGUUUUGAAACGUUUGAGGGGUUACUCACAAUUAAUUCUGCCGCUUCUCUAGGGUGAAAGCAUAUUUGUAACUUUUAAUUGUUCUGAGGCAACUGGUAAAUCGCUGUGCAGAGCUUGAAUUUCCGUAGGAUAUUCCAAGUCUACUUCGAGAAUCAUUUCCUCAUCCUGAUCAUCUUGCAUAUUUAAUAUGUCAAACUAACACUCAAAUCUAAGUUCAGAAACCACCGAAAGAUUUUGGUUAGUAGAUGGCUCAUCAUCGCUGUACCAUAGAGCUUAUUCUUAUUCAAAUAAAUUAAGUUGGGAGAGGGUAUGCUAGUGUUGUAAUCACCAGUUAUGUAUUUGUUGUUUGUGCUGGCGUACCCGUUGGAUAUCAUCGACGCUCCUACUCUCACCCCUUUCUCAAUAAACAGAUGCAUAGUGGGUUCAGUUAAAAAUUAUAAUAUCACCUUCGUCAUUUUCAGACAAGCAUUCCAAGCCAAACCGCGGGCGGUGAAUACAUACGCCGGGACAGUUUCGUAUUGCGAUAAGCAUAAAGUUCUAAAUUUCUCAAAGACAUCAGCGAGAAGCAGCUUUUCUAUCUUUACAUAUGAAUUGUAAUAGUCUUUCAAUGUUUCUAUGUUGAAAUUUUAUAAAACAGCUUGUGCGUGAUUAUAAACCGAUUGUCUCACAUCUUUUUCAUUUAAACUUCUACGCGGGGGUAGUUCGGUUUUACGGUUUUUUCUUUUAGUCCAUAACACUAUCUGGAUUAGGAGCACUAGAGUUAUCAUCACGGUGUUUAUAACGAUGCACCACUGGACGUCCGUUCACAUCCCAGUCGGUUUCGAUGACGGUAGGCAAGAUAAGAUACACUUGUUUAGAAACCAUUGUCAUUCGGAUGAUUAGGCGAACAUAAUGAAGGUGGACAUCAGGCUUGGUGCACCAAGUCGUGGAUUCACACCUCAUGGCAUCUGAAAUCAAAUUUCUGGACAGAAUUAUACUCCACAUAAAAAACGGGUACAGCAUCGGUAAUUCUGUGUGAGUAGCUCACAAAUGACCAAAGUUUAGUUACACACAAAGAAACACAAUAAAACAAUGUGAACGAGAAAUAAUUUUUUUUAAACACCUAAAAAGCAUGUGGCACAGAUGUGGGAAUUUUCACCAUACAAUAAACAAAAAAAAAUUUAUUAAAACAAUUAAAGCAUUAAAUUAAUACAAAUAAGAAAAUUUCGUCACACAACAUUGUGACACUAACUAAAAUAUUCGUAAGGGUAAACACCCUUGCUUUUUGAAAGAGGGAGUCUAUCGCUAAGGAGUUAGGAAGAUAGCACAUGAAAUUAUCACGAACUUAUCAAGGGAGGCUAAUGAACAGAAUAGUAUAAAAAUUGAAAAAAAACCGAUCGAGAAAGUAAUGAACUGCUCCGCAUUGGUUCCAAUACAUCAUUGUUUUUAUUAUGUGGUGACUAUCAUAACCUUUUAAAUUAUGAAACACUAAAGAUAUUUUUUUAGUUAAUUUAUAGUUUAAAUUGCAACUGAAUGUAAAGCAUCGCGAUAUUUAGAUAUGAGAUAGCAAUGGUCUCAAACUCAAUUAUUUUCUAAUGACUCUACAAAUAUAACAAUGCGUUGCAUUUGAAAAUCUAUCUUCUUCCUCUUCGGCCAAUUGCAUUGGUUUUUUAACGGAAAAUAAAUCUAAGAUUAGUUUUUCCUUUCCUAAUAAGAUGUGUAUGAAAUGUUACACUGCGUUUUCUCCAUAAAAUACAUCUCGUGGUUUCAAACACUUCCCAACGUAGUCAGUAAUGACAUAUGAAUAUCUUCACAUAAUGUGUUGUGCGUCUAUUUGAGUACAAGACCCUAAAUUUGAGUUUUUUUACUAAAAUGCAUUCAAAAUCAGCAUGAAUAAUUUAAGGAAUAUGAAAAGAACUAAAUUUUAAAUGCGAUCUUUUUCGCUUGGCAUCGUUACUUUUUGCAACUUAUGUUCCCUACAGUAAAUUACAUGAUCAUACAGUGCAUUUUUCAGGAAAAUCAAUGAAGACAAAAAUCGCAGUAAAAUUUUGCUCUUUGCGCAGUUAAAUGAGUUAACAAUCUACUCAUUUUAUGAAUGAGGCGAAAAUGUUUCUUUAGAUAUCUGUAAUAGAUUUGAAUGAUGGACACCAGUUCGGUUAGACGAUAGAUGUAGCGGGAAAAUGUUUCAAUUCUGAUUGGCUACAAAGUGUGACGUUGACCACAAAGUGUUGCGACAUUCUGAUUGUGAAGACGUGAAAUUUUCAAGAAUGACUAAGUGUUUUGAAAAAAAUAUAUAUCCCAGUGGGAUAUUUAUUAUAUAUUCAAUACAGUAUAAUCAAUAAUUUUGAAGACAUUCGUAGAUCAAAUUUGUCUAAAACAAAGCGAAAGACUUGUGCAUUUUUAAAAAAAAGGCAUUCUGUGGGGCCCCCUACAUUGCUUCUAAACAGAUGGAACAAUCCUCUGGUACUUUAAAAAGUACUCCUGCACGUCCUGAGCAAAAAUUUGCUCAACAAUUUCAUGGCUCAUUCUUAUCCAAUUGAUCUGUAUGGAUGGUUGAAGGCCUUCUCGUAGGCCAUCUUCCAUAGGCAGCACUUUCCAUAAAAUUGCCACUCCCUCCAAGCUAUACUCGUCUAAUACUUCGGUGGAAGUUGUAACGUCCAGUUUUUGCACAAUAUCAGUUUGUACAAGUUAGCCCGACAAAGAAAAUCAUGUUUUUGUUUGUUCUUGCUUUGCAAAAUCUGGACAACACUUCAAUGUCCAGUACUUUGCCUACGUCAUUACUAGUUGCAAUAACAGAACCAUUCAUUGAGGCAUGCCCACGCCUUUGCCAUGUGCCAUCUAUUGCAACGGGAAUGUCUUUGGAAUUGCUACCUGCUUCGGCUCCACUAGCCGCAUCACUCAUGCUCUUCAUAGCGACACUUUUUAUUGCCGAGCCUAAUUCACUUGUGACUUCAUCAAAUCUGUGAGGUGGAGCAGGUAAGUUCAUUAUCCCACGAAACAUUUGAGCAUCUGCCUUCCCUUUUCCGAUGCUUCUCAUGGCAUACGUUAAUCUAGUAUUAACUUACGUUAAUACUAGAUUACGUUAACUUACGAUACGUUAAUCUAGUAUAAAUUUUUGUGUCUCUAUUGUUGCACACUUUAGAUGAAACUUCAGUAUUUAAAAAAGACUAUUUAAAAUUACACUGCUCACAGUAAAUAGAAAGUUCAGAUGCAAGUCCUUGAACUUGCCUGGAAAACUUCAGUUUUAUGCUUUUGUUUCUGCAAGUUGAGCAUAACACAGAAUCAUUCAAACAAUUAGAUUAUAAAUUUAAAUUAUUUCCUUUGCAUUAUUAUUCAGAAAUGAUUCAUAAUCAUUUACAUGUUUAUCCAGUUUGAUUUUUGACGCCGAUCAAUGUUUGUUGAUGAGCACGCUGUUUUGCAAUGAAUGCCAAACGCUUUCCUUUUUGGCCCACCUGAAAUAAUUAAAAAAAAAAGACUGUAGCGUAGAAAAAUCAAGCAUAUUAAACAAAAGGAAACAGAUAUAUCUAACGUGUGUCUUACCAGAAACAAACUUCAUUAUUGUAUCUCCUUCAAGCUCGUCAGUGAACUCCCCAAAGUAGUUUCCCAAUGGUGGGUCAUUCUGACCAUUCGAUGAAUAGAUUAUUGAGUCUGUAUCAAAAUACAGAACCUGUUCACCGAGCUUGUCUAACUCAUUAUAGAGUUUUAAUCUAGCAUGACAUGUAGUGAAGGCGGCGAGGAAUAUAUUAGUACUGAUGUCCUGUUCAGUAAAUUCAGCCUUUUUCUUCCAUUGCAUAUCACAUAUUUGUUCUGUAGGGAAAGAAACAUCCUGCACCUUCAAUGAAAUAAAGAAUUAAUUUAAUUGAUUAAUUAAUGAAUAAUUUCAGUUUCCUAAAAAAUUAAUCAAUUGAUUUACUUUUCUCUUACCACUUCUGUGCUGUCAACAAGCAAGUUGUUGAAAUCCUCUGAAGAGUUGACGAAGGUUAGCAUCAUCUUAAUAAGACUCAUGCCCCAUCUACCCCAGAAGCUAUUAAGGGCUAACUUUGACCUGGAUUGUAGUUUCUCCUUGUCCAACAAAAUUCCUUCCUUUUGGAAAUAAUUCCUCACGUAUUCAUCCUUCUGCUCGUCCGUAACACAUCCUUCUGGCCGAUGUAUCUGGUUCGUUAGUGUUCAAAAAUUCACCUCUAGCGGUGAAUGGCGCUGUAUGCAAUAAGGUUAAACGAAAUAACAGAGGAAACAUCAGUUGCAAACACUUUUAUUGUUGCUACAAAGCAUGCUCAAUGUGGCAUCCGCCAUUUUCUGAAAGCAAAUUAAAUCGCAAUAUUGCAUUCUCAACAUCACUUCUUAGCACAUCUGGAGAAAUGUUACGGACAUGUCUGUGUAUCGCAUUCUUCAAUUCCAUUAAAUUGGUUAUGUUAUCACUAUAAACAAUGGCUUUGAGAUAACCCCACAACUAGAAGUCACAGGGGUUGAGGUCUGGUGAUCGGGUUGGCCAAGUUUUUGCGGUAACUAAAAUCCCAUGACCUCUUAUAGACAUUUACCAAGUUUGAUGACAUUUGGUUGGGUAGUUUUAUUUUUGUAGCCAUUUCAAGUGGAACUUUAAUUAUAAAGACCAUGUACAUUGAAUGUUAAUGAGACUGGUUUAACAUUUCCAUCCUAUUUAUACUUCUUGAAUAUCAGUCACCCAAUCAUUAAACUUAUCAGGGUAACCUAAAAAUUUAACAAACUAUUGCAUCUUUCCAUUGAUUUUCUAUUUUUUAAAUUACUUUUUCAACCGGAAAAUAACCAGAAUUGACAACUUUUUGUAAUUCUUCCGCCUAAAAAGUACCUUCGAUUGCUUCAUUCUAUAGGAUUUCGUAUGUAUCACAAAUAAUUCCCGUGUCCAAUUAUUUUCAUAUCCUUUCUCAAAUGUAAGUUUUUUGAUUUACUAAUGCGAACCCCUAAGGGAGUUUACCUUCUUUAGGUAAACACAGGGAAUCACGCCCCAGGGUGCCCAAGUGAUCUGUCCUCCCUUCAGUUUCCUCUCCCUUUCCUCCUACUUUCUCCUUUCUCUUCCCCCUUGUCGUGGUUGCCAAAUUAACUAGUAAGGCCUUUUUGUCUGUUCGAAUACCAUCCUGUUGUAUCGGACCCUGAUGGGAAGAGACACCCCACGUGUUCGCCGUGCGUGGAGACCCGUGUCCCUGGAAAAGGGGAUCCUGGUAGUUGAGGGGCAUCUUGGUACCCCAAUACACUGCUUCGGCCCUUGCUUCAGGUAAACGGGAGGUGCAUAUUGGCCUGUGUGCACCAAUCGGCUAGUCACGAAUAUCAUCUGGUGGCUAGGGUCAAGUCCGGGGUCAUUUACUGGGCACCUCGUUAAGGGUGGAGGCUGCUUCAGGAGUGACUCGCGGACGUAUAACUGUUUGUUAACACCGUUGUUAAAUAGUGGAUUGGUGGCAACACCAGUUUGAUAUUUACAUCCCCUUAGUUGGACUCCGUGGUGGGUGGUGUCGCUAAUAGUGGAAAUGUUUGAAAUUUUCUAUGGCUGAAAAUAGCAAGGUGUUAUGUUCUGCACACCAUAGUAAAAACAGCGGAACAACUUCUACACCGAAUGAUUACGCUCAGUAUUUUCUGAUAAAAUUGAAUAAUCCUACUAUACCAGAUACGUCCUUUAGCAAAGUGUCCCCCUUUUUAAUACAUAAAGCUCUUCUCUCCGUACUGGGAGAAGUCACUUCCGUUAAAAAGAUACGAUCAGGUGACCUCUUAAUACAGGUCUCCUCUUCAAAACAAGCCGACACCUUAUCCAAAUGUAAUGUCAUGUGCUCUUUCGAUGUAACAGUUACGCCCCACAAUACUCUCAAUUCCUCUCGAGGUGUAAUUUCGGAAUCCGAAUUUUUGAAUGAUACCGAAGAAAUGAUUCUGGAAGAACUACAAGAGCAAAACGUAACAGCUGUCAGAAGGAUCAAGAUUCGUAGAGAUGGUAAACUCAUCCCUACGAAACAUCUAAUCCUUACUUUCAGUAAACCACAAAUUCCAUCUUCAAUUAAAAUGGCUUGGCAUAACUGCCCAGUGCGACCUUAUGUUCCAAACCCUUUACGAUGCUUUCAGUGUCAAAGGUUUGGACAUUCAAAACAAUCCUGCCGUGGUCAACCUGUAUGUGCUCGCUGCUCUGGUACUGGCCAUUGCGACACAUCCUGUGAGUUGCCAUCCCUUUGCAUCAAUUGCAAGGGUGAUCAUGUUGCAUACUCCAGGAGUUGUCCAAAAUGGUCCCUAGAGAAAGAAAUACAAACCGUUAAAGUCUUGCAAAACCUGACGUUCAAUGAAGCUCGCCGAAUCGUCACCGCCCGUACACCUCGUCCAGGCGUGUCGUAUUCCACGGCUGUUAAGACUUCUUAUUGUUCUGUCAGUACGCAAACUGAUUCCGUAACACAAAAAUGUAGCACAAAU